AUGACCUCCCCGGCACUGGAUGCAGGCUCGGCGGCGGCCACCAAGGACGCCGCGAAGCACGACGAGGAGUCGCACAAUCCCUCAGGCCUCAAGGGGCACCUCAAGCACCCGUUCCCCGCCCUCCGCGAGAAGCUCAAGAACACGCACCUGUACGACCUGAAGGUUGAGGCCACGCACCUCAAGCACAAGCUCGGCAAGGUUGGCAACAUCAUCAAUCCCAACCACCGCCACGACGAGGAGCACGAGAAGGUCACCGACCAGAAGCGCACCAAGAUUGGCGAGGGCCAUCGUUUCCAGAGCUUUGCGCCGGAGCACGACGGCAACCUGAUCAAGUGGUAUGUCGACGGCCGCGACUACUUCUGGGCUGUUUCCGUGGCCCUUGAGCGCGCCAAGGAGACCAUCUACAUUGAAGACUGGUGGCUGUCCCCGGAGCUGUUCCUGCGUCGGCCGCCUUACUACAACCAGGAAUGGCGCCUCGAUCAGGUGCUGAAGCGUCGCGCCGAGGCCGGCGUCAAGAUCUAUGUCAUCGUGUACAAGGAAGUCAACCAGGCCAUCACCUGCAACAGCGCCCACACCAAGCACGCCCUGCGGAACCUGUGUCCUCCAGGCUCUCCCGGACAUGGCAACAUCCACGUCAUGCGCCAUCCCGACCACAACAUGUUCGAGAACCUUGGCGACAUGACCUUUUACUGGGCUCACCACGAGAAAUUCAUCGUCAUAGACUACAAUCUCGCCUUCAUCGGUGGCUUGGAUCUCUGCUUCGGUCGUUGGGACAACAAGCAGCACCAGAUGGCCGAUGUGCACCCUGCUGGCGUCCAGCACGAAAUCUUCCCCGGCCAGGACUUCAACAACAACCGUAUCAUGGAUUUCCAAUCCGUCGAAGACUGGAAGUCGAACGAGCUCUCCAAGGCCGACUAUGGCCGCAUGCCCUGGCACGACGUAGCCAUGGGCGUCAUUGGACCUUGCGUCUACGACAUUGCCGAGCACUUCAUACUGCGGUGGAACUUUGUCAAGCGUGACAAGUACAAGCGGGACAAGCGUUUUGACUGGCUUACUUUGGAGGGCAGGGAGGGCGAAGACGAGGAUCUGGUCGCUGUACAGCGUCCCAAGUUCCCUGUUGGAGAGUAUAUCCAUCAUCCACUCAGCCCGCUCAACACGAAGCAGCUGGACGGCACCCAAGGCACGGUGCACGCGCAAAUAGUCAGGAGCAGUGCCGACUGGAGUAGUGGAAUCUUGGUGGAACACAGCAUUCAGAACGCAUACUGCGAGGUCAUCAGGAAUGCUGAGCAUGUCGUGUACAUUGAGAACCAAUUCUUCAUCACCGCCACCGGAGAAGACCAGGCGCCAAUCCACAAUCAAAUUGGAAAAGCAAUCGUCGAUGCCUGCGUCAGAGCCGGCAAGGAAGGCAGGAAAUUCAGAGUCAUCAUUGUCAUUCCAGCCAUUCCUGGCUUCGCUGGAGACCUUCGUAGCGACGCAGCUACAGGAACUCGGGCAAUCAUGGACUACCAGUUCAAGUCGAUCAAUCGUGGAGAGCAUUCGAUCAUGGGCCAGAUCAGAAAAGCAGGAUAUGAUCCCGCCCAGUACAUCUUUGUUUUCAAUCUCCGUUCUUUUGACCGUCUCAACACUACCCCUGCAAUGAAGAGGCAAGAAGAGCAAUCUGGGGUGAAAUACCAGGACGUUCAGCGCGCUCAGGCCGACGAGAUCAUGUCCACCGGUGUACACGGCGUCAAAGGCGACUCUAGCAGCGAGGGCGGCUUCGACUCUGAUUCCGAUGACGACAAAGAAAGACAGGAGACUGCGGACCGCAGACGACGCUUUGAGGCCGAGAGAGAGAAUGUUGGCUUGUGGAAAGAUGGCAAAGAGAAUGUUCUCAGCGCCGACUCGCUCGCGCAUGCCGCCAUGAAGGACGGAAAGAGUGUUUCCGAGGAACCAUGGGACCCCGAAGAUCCCGAUUCGGAGAAGAACAAUUUCGUUCAGGAGGAAUUGUACAUUCACGGGAAGCUCUUGAUCGUCGAUGACAGGAUCACCAUCUGCGGUAGUUCGAACAUCAAUGACCGCUCCCAGCUUGGCUAUCACGACUCGGAGCUCAGUAUCGUCAUGGAGGACACGGACAUGAUCGAGUCGACGAUGAAUGGCCAACCCUACAAGGCUGGGCGGCAUGCUGCAACGCUUCGCCGUAUGCUGUGGCGCGAGCACCUGGGUCUUCUUGCAGCACAGGAAUUUGACGCCUCUGAGGAUCCUAAUGCGCAGCCUCCAGGCGACUGCCCCAACGACAUCCAGGACGAUGAUCCGAGUUACGAGUUUGUGGCCGAUCCUCUCGGCGAGGAUGUCUGGGACAUGUGGUGCGGAAGGGCAUCCCACAACACGGAAAUUUUCAGAGAUCUCUUCCAUGCGGACCCUGACGACAACAUCAAAACCUUUGAUGACUACGCCAGAUUCCUGCCGCCGAUUGAUCCAAAUGACCCCAACGCCGCGCACAAGCAAGGCCACAUCUUCGACCUUCACCGCCGGACUGCUGACAUCAAGAAGACGCUUGACGAAAUCAAGGGUCAUCUGGUCUGGAUGCCUCUUGAUUUCCUGAAGGACGCCGAAAUGGCCGAAAAGGGUUUACAGGUGAACGCAUACACGGAGAGCAUAUACACUUGA